AUGUUGGAGAGGGCUUCAAAAUUUAAAAGGGCUUUUGAUCGGUUGGAGGAGGAAGAUCCGUGCUUCCUUAGUAGUAUUGGAGAUGACGAUGAUGACGAUGUCGUUGAUGAAAAUGUGGACCAUGUGGUGAAUACGAGAAAGUCAAAGAAGUUAGGGCCUCCCAAUGCAUCCGAUUGGGCGAAGGAAAAUGAAGAAGGGCAUUCUCCUCAGCGCACAAGUUUCCAAAAUGAAGAUGUAGCUCCUUCAGCUGACAAGGCGGAGAGUAGAAAGGCAAAUUUGAUGGCCGAAUUUAAGCAACAGUUGCAAUCUGAAGACAAUUUGGAAAAAACUUCGUCCGACGUAAAUAAAGUGGCAGAGGCCGAGGAAACUAAUGAAAUAUCUGAUGAUGAUGAACGAAUUGAGGAUCCAAAACCUGGUAUGGAGUUCGCCACUGAUAAAGAGCUUCUUGCAUAUUAUAAGCGAUAUGCCAAGCAACAAGGUUUUGGUGUUAUCACGCAGAGGACGAAAAGAGAUGCGUCUGGGAAACCGAAGUAUGUGACAAUUGGGUGUGCACGUGGAGGCAAGUACCAUCCGAGUCACAGUAAUAUUUUGAAGCCGCGACCAACAAUUAAAACAGACUGUAAGGCGAAGUUAAACACUCACUUGGAUAAAAAGGGUGUAUGGGUUUUGACCACUCCUGAGAAUACUCACAAUCAUAGUACUCUCAGCCCACAGAAGUCUAGAUUUUUUAGAAGUCACAAGUGUUUAGAUGAAUACAGUAAAAGAAUGCUCGAUCUAAAUGACAGGGCAAGUAUUCGAAUGAACAAAAAUUUUGGAGCACUUGUUGUUGAUGCGGGCGGGUUCGAGAAUCUUGAAUUUCAAGAGAAAGAUUGUCGGAAUUAUAUUGACAAAACCAGACACUUGAGGCUGGGUAAAGGAGAUGGCGAAGCACUUAGUGAUUACUUUAAGAGGAUGAUGAAGAUGAAUGAUGGAUUUAUUUCUGUGAUUGAUGUGGAUGAUGAGUUGCGACUCAAAAAUGUGUUCUGGGCUGAUGCACGUAGUCGAGCCGCUUACGAGUGUUUCGGAGAUGUAAUCAUCUUCGAUACGACGUAUCUAACAAAUAGAUACGGUAUGCCUUUUGCUCCUUUUGUUGGGGCUCCAAAAGCAAUCAUAACAGACCAAGAUCGGGCAAUGAAGAGUGCCAUUGCGAUGGUAUUCCCAGAAACUCGCCAUAGAUAUUGUCUAUGGCAUAUCAUGCGGAAACUACCUGAGAAAUUGGGAUCACACUCCCAAUUCAAUGCAGGGUUGAAGACUGACAUUCAGACUGCCCUAUAUGAUUCGCAUACCUGUGAAGAAUUUGAUGCCAAAUGGGGGGAACUUAUUCAGAAAUAUGACCUUGGUGAUAACACGUGGCUGGAGGGGUUGUAUACUGAGAGAUCAUUUUGGGUUCCAGUUUACUUGAAGGAUGUAUUUUGGGCUGGCAUGAGCACUACACAACGGUCUGAAAGCAUGAAUGCAUUUUUCGAUGGAUAUGUUCAUUCUGGUACAACGUUAAAGGAAUUUGUGGAUCAAUUUGACAAUGCUCUAAGGAAGAAGGUGGAAGUAGAGACGACAGCUGAUUUCAAUUCGUGCAACCAAACCAUCCCAUGUGUGACUCCAUUCCACUUUGAGAAGCAGUUCAAAGCGGUGUAUACAAAUGCAAAAUUUAAAGAAAUCCAAGGGGAGGUGUGGGGGAUGAUUUAUUGUAAUUGCAUACCUGUUAGCAAACAGGGUUGUAUUUCCACUUUUGAUGUGUUGGAUGAAAUUUUCACGGGUGACCAUGUUAAGACCGUCUAUUACAUAGUUUACUAUAACGAUGAUGAAUGUGAUAUGAAAUGCACGUGUGCACUGUUUCAGAUGAGAGGCAUUAUUUGUAGGCAUGUGUUUAAAGUUUGUCAAAUGAAAAAGAUUCAUGUGUUGCCAGAGAAGUACAUCUUGGAUCAGUGGAGGAAAGACUUAAAGAGAAGAUAUACACUUGUCAAAAGUAGCUACGAUGAUUUGCACGUGUGCACUGUUUCAGAUGAGAGGCAUAAUGCGGAUGUUCGAAGGUAUGAACUUGUGGUUAAAAGAUGUAUGAAAUUAGCGACGCGUGUAUCUCCAAGUGACAACCAUGUCAAUGCAUUCAUGCGGAUAUUGGAUGAGUUUGAGCAUAAUUUUAAAGGAUUACCACUUGAGUCUGGUUCAACCAAGGUCAAUGAGAGCGACGUCGUGGAUAAGGGUAAGAAAAUAUUAAGCCCUAACGUUGUUCGAGGGAAAGGAAGACCUCCAACGAAGAGAAAGGUUCCACCUGUAGAGAAGGCUACAAUCAAGAGAAAGAAGAAACAGACUUGCAGGAAAAUAUUUGAUGACGAACAAGUUGGAGUUGGUGAGGUCCCAGCCCCCCAAGUUGGUGCUAACGUUGAAGAUGUUGUUGUUGGAACCCAAUAUAGUACUGUCACACAACAAGCACCAUCGGGCAAUGAUGAGAAUUUGUGA